GACCGAUUUUUCAUACUAUCAGAAGGAACGGCAUGUUGUACUGUCACCACAGGUAUAAUUACGACUUUUGUACUGUCACUGCAUUAUUUAAAAAAAAAUGUCAAAGAAAGUACUACCACGCACACAUUCGUAUUUUUAUACUCCCCUCCCCACUCACACUACGCCCGUGAGCGUCGUGUUUACAUACGAUCAGUCGCGUACUGCGCCGCUGCGGUGAUCCUGCGUGUCGCUACAUGUUUUCGCGCGCAACUGUUGUUUAGAAAAUGGCGUCUCGAGACUCGUUCGAAAAAGAACAAAAACGACUCCAAGACCUAUUUGAUGCAGCUUCUACCCCUGAAUCGAGUCAAGACCCAUUUGCUGAUGAUGGUGACUAUGGAUCUGAUGAUGAGUACUUACCAUCCCGUGUUGAAUCCACGAGUUCAGAGGACGAAACUCAAGCCUCAAAAUCAAGACGCAUACGACAGGUUACAGCUACUACAUCAUCUGGUGAGUCAAUAUCCUCUUUGUCUAGUGAUGCAGAUGAUGAUGCUGACAAAUCAUCAUAUAAUAUUGACUCGACCCUCGACGGAAAUGGUGAAAAUAUUGAAGUCACACGAAAUACUGAUUGCCCUGUAGACCUAAUACAAGAACCUGUCCCAGUGAUAACUGAUCUGCCUUUGAAUGACGAAGAAUACCCUAACCUGUCACCACUAGACCCCUCUGAUCAGCUAAACUCUGUCAGUGUUGGUCCUAGAAGAUCAAACACACCAAUCAGAGAGGAAUUAUGGUCUCAGACGAUAACUGAUAUACCCGAUUUUCAUUUUGAUAACUCUCAAUGUGGUAUAACCGUGAAUGUUGAUAGCAUGAACCAAGUAAUUGACUUUUUCCAUCUUGCAUUCCCGCAAAGUGCCAUCGAAUAUCUGGUAAACUGUACUAAUAAUUAUGGAAACGCUCUAUGCAACACGAAUAGGCCUCAUACCAGAUAUAGCCGCAAAAUAGUAUAUCGUGAGACCACCUGUGAAGAAAUGAUGAAAUUUCUUGGGAUUACGCUUCAAAGGUCACAUUAA